UCAUCAUCAUCGUAAUAAUUUUAACCCCAAAGUUCAUCACCUUGUCGAUCUGCUACAAAAAAGUGAGAAAGAAUUUGAACAAGUGCGUCAAGGCUAGACUUUUGUAAAAAUAAUUAUUAAAACAAUGUGAGUGUAUCUUGUGUUGACUUGUAGAUUUUACUGUGCGGCUAAAAUGAGUUUCUAAAUACGGGACCAUCCGGUUAGUGAUGGCUGUGGGUUCUGUCUACAAAUAUGUAUUCUCAAAUAGAUACAUUAGUGGACAGUGCAGAUUACAAAAUACAAACAAUUCAAAGUUUCUUCGAAAGAUCCUAUGGCAAUUCAAAAGACAAAAGUUUCACACCUCAUCUCGUGUAUUGGCGCAACCAAGACUCAGUCCUCAAGAGGUCACAACAAUAUUACGCACAAAUGAGUACUCACGAGAGUUCCAUGUUCCCGGUUCUAUCAAAUCGUAUGACUCAAACCAAUUACCUUCCAAUCAGCCCAUGGAAGAUGCCCGCUGUGAGGCUAAAAGUCUCCUAACUGCAGGCAUGUUGAUGGGUGUUUUCGACGGACACGGAGGACCGUCCUGCGCACAAGUCAUCGCAAAACGUCUCUUCGACUACAUCACCAUCUCACUUUUACCACAAGACCUUCUCCAAAAGUACCUGCACUCUUUGGAGGAGGGUCAGAACACGGCAAUGCCACUACUAGAGUGCUUCAACGACAAGUUCGAUUUAGUUGACGAGUUGAAGCAGGUUUAUGGUGAAAGUUUGAAGGGUUUUGUGGGCGAUUUGUCCAAUACUAGGAAAGAGUUCGAUAUGGGGAAAGCUUUACGGGAAGCGUUCCUGAGGUUGGACAGUGAUCUGUCGAGAGAGGCGUUGUCGCAGAACAACAAGGAGAACGGAUUGCAUUUGAAAACGCUCUCUGUCGCACUGUCGGGAGCGGUGGCGUGUGUGGUUCAUAUAGACGGCGUGCAUCUGCAUGUGGCUAAUGUGGGUGAUUGUCAGGCCGUGCUAGGUGUGUUGUCGGAUACGGACACUUGGUCGGCGAAGAAGUUGAGCAUCGAGCACAACACCGACAAUUUCGAGGAGGUUAAGCGGGUGAUCAACGAGCAUCCGAGCAAUGAGAAAGACACCGUGAUUAGGAUGGAGAGGCUGUUGGGACAGCUGGCGCCGUUGAGGGCUUUCGGCGAUUUCAGAUACAAAUGGAGUCGCAAGGUGUUGAGUGAUCACGUGAUUCCGUACGCGGGGGAACAGUCGAUGCCUCCCAACUACUACACUCCGCCCUACCUGACGGCACUUCCGGACAUCGUGCAUCACAGGCUCACUCCGCGCGACCGCUUCCUGGUCAUAGCCUCCGAUGGACUCUGGGAUCUCAUUUCUCCACUCCAGGUGGUCCGUCUGGUGGGAGAACACAUGAGCGGCAAGGUGACACUGAGUCCUCUGCGACUACCCAAGAAGGAAAUGCGUCUGGGAGAAAUUAACAAUAUGCUAAUACAACGCCAGCAGGGCCUCAAGGUGAAGCCGCAAGACCGGAACGCUGCCACACACCUGAUGCGUCACGCACUGGGCGGCACAGAGUACGGCAUUGAGCACUCCAAGAUCGCCCAGCUGCUGUCCAUGCCACAGGAGGUGGUGCGGCUCUUCCGCGACGACAUCACCAUCACUGUCGUCUACUUCGACCCGGACUUCCUCCGCCAGAGUCCGCCCUAAUCGGGUGUCUCUAUCAAGGUCUAUGGAAAGACGUCAGGACACGAUCCCGUGAUGCCUUGCACAACGGUCUUAUUGAAGCUAUCUAGUUUACUAUAGAGUUUAGAUUAAAUUUUGAAAUUUGCCGCCAAAAUAGGUUGAAUAUGGCCGUUACAUUGGUGUCUAGACCUCUUUCUAUGG